UCCUGUAAAUUCAGCUGGACAAGGAGUAAGGGACUGACAGAUCUUUUGGAAUUACCACUCCUAAUUUCAUCCGUCCAUAUUAUAGCCGUCCCCAUGAUGGACCCGAUGGAGUGUGACCCGAGCCAUGUGGAGUCCGAGGUGUGCGUCACACAGGACUCUGACAACAUCUACAGUGGCCUCACCAACUUCAAGGUAGAGAAGAAGAUCGGCAAGGGGCAGUUCUCCGAGGUCUGGAGGGCACUCAACCUCAUCGACAACAGUAUUGUCGCUCUCAAGAAAGUGCAAAUAUUUGAGAUGAUGGAUGCCAAGGCUAGGCAGGAUUGCAUCAAGGAAAUCGAUUUAUUGAGGCAACUUAAUCACCCAAAUGUCAUCAAAUACCUGGCCAACUUUAUUGGUAACAAUGAGCUGAACAUCGUGCUGGAGCUGGCGGAUGCUGGGGACCUGUCUAGGAUGAUCAAGCACUUUAAGAAGCAGAACCGCCUCAUCCCUGAGAAAACCAUCUGGAAAUACUUUGUGCAGAUCUGUAGUGCCCUUGAUCAUAUGCAUUCCAGGAGGAUCAUGCAUAGAGACAUCAAGCCAGCCAACGUUUUCAUUACUGCUCAGGGUGUUGUCAAACUUGGUGACCUUGGUCUUGGUCGAUUCUUCAGUUCCAAGACAACUGCAGCACAUUCCCUGGUGGGGACACCAUACUACAUGUCUCCAGAGAGAAUUCAUGAAAAUGGCUACAACUUCAAGUCUGACAUUUGGUCACUGGGCUGUCUACUGUAUGAGAUGGCAGCACUACAGUCCCCGUUCUAUGGAGAUAAGAUGAACUUGUACUCGCUGUGUAAGAAGAUUGAAUCCUGUGACUACCCACCGCUGCCAUCUGACCACUACUCCCGCGAGCUGCGAGAACUGGUAGCCAUGUGUAUCAACCCAGACCCUGAACAGAGGCCCAGUAUCGACUAUGCGUACUCCGUGGCACAGAAGAUGAACGUUCAUUUCCAGCAGCAACAGAAACAGCAGGGUGCUGGUGCCACCACACAGGUGCAAAAGCCAGCUGUACCACAGCAGUUCCAGGCCAUGGCUACGUCCACACCCCAGCAGUCCUGACUUAAUUGUGACCUUGACCUUCAUGUGUCAUUUCACCUUGACCUUCACUUUAGAGGUCACUAUCAGGUUACAGAGAGCUGUCUUUCACUUGUCUAUGUGACCUUUUCCUUCAUUGUAGGGGUCACUGUCGUUAUGCAGGUCAUGUUAUUUAAUCCACUGCAGUUGUGUAAAGUGUUAAAUCCAGAGAUUUUAUUCAGACUGACAUUGUUAGGUUGUAAAUGGUCUAUCUUUGUUGCCACGGUGUGAGCUGACCUGUGAUGAUCACUGUAUUCACGUGACCGAGUAUGGUCACACUCGGUCAUGUCUUGCCCGGAUAUGUGUGUUGUAUACACCAGCACUCUAUACUUCCCUGCACCUAGAUGGCAGGUCAAACCACCUCGCCAGUCAAAACACAACAACUGCUAGAAUGCUUAUUUGCUGGAAGUACACAAUGACCUUCCUGCAAUUUGAACCAAUUGCUUCAUUCAUGAUAGAUCAGUCAGUUUUGCACAGUGGUCCUAUUUAUUUACUGCUUGCAUAAUAUGGCCACUUGAACACUCCUAGAUACGUCCUGAUGUAGUCCCCCACCUCCAGAAAGUGGCCUCUCUGGGGCUGCUGCAGAACAGUUCUGAUAACCAUGGCAAUUGAUUUUGCUGUGUGGGUACAUUCAACACAUUAGUCAUGGCUGGAUGCAAGUGUUGUGUGGGUACAUUCAACAGAUUAUCUGUGGUUGGAUGCAAGUGUUGUGUGAGUACAUUCAACAAAUUUGCUAUGGUUAGAUGUAAGCGGUGUGUUGGUACAUUCAACAGAUUAUAUGUGGUUGGAUGUAAGCGAUGUGUGAGAACAUUCAACAGAUUAUCUGUGGUUGGAUGCAAGUGUUGUGUGAGUACAUUCAACAAAUUUGCUAUGGUUAGAUGUAAGCGGUGUGUUGGUACAUUCAACAGAUUAUAUGUGGUUGGAUGUAAGCGAUGUGUGAGAACAUUCAACAGAUUUGCUAUAGUUGGAUGUAAGCGUUGUGGGUACAUUCAACAAAAUUGCUGUGGUUGGAUGUGAGCGUUGUGGGUACAUUCAACAAAUUUGCUGUGGUUGGAUCAGAGCGUUGUGUGGGUACAUUCAACAGAUUAUCUGUGUUUGGAUGCAAGUGUUGUGUGGGUACAUUCAACAGAUUAUCUGUGUUUGGAUGUGAGCGUUGUGUGGGUACAUUCAACAGAUCAUCUGUGGUUGGAUGCAAGUGUUGUGUGGGUACAUUCAACAAAUUUGCUGUGGUUGGAUGUGAGCAUUGUGUGGAUACAUUCAACAAAUUAGCUGUGUUUGGAUGCAUGUGUUGUGUGGCUCGGGCAUCAGGCGGUAACACUUAUUAACUGUGAGCUGUUUUGACAAAUUAAUUUGAUUCUGAUGAUGUAUUUGACUGAUACUUCAUGGGAAGAUGAUAAGCCUGUGAAAUGACUGUUACGUUAUUCCCAUCCACUGUAGGCCUCCAGACACAGCACAGUAUUAUCCCAGUAUUAUUGUCGGCAAGGUUUUCCUGUAGAAGUUGGUACAUCUGUCUGACACUUAGUUAUCUCCCUUUCUUCCCUUGCUGCACAAUGGUGCUGUGAGCACACCACCCUGUUAAUUGUUCAGAUUCAUUGGGAUAGUGUUAGGAUGGACCAACCACAAAUGGUCAGACGUGAUCUGCCCAGAAGCUUUCCAGAAGUGGAAAUAUUUUACUUCUUGUAGGCCGUGAUAUUGCUGGAAUAUUGCAUUAAGCAAUGGCUGGUCUUAUGGGUUUCACUGAACCGGUCCUAAUGCAUGUCAUUGAUCCCAAUUGCGUGGAUCGAUGCUCAUGAUAUCAAUCACUGGAUUGACUGGUCCAGACUCGAUUAUUUACAGACUGUGGUCAUAUAAAUCUAGCUGGAAUAUUGCUGAGUGCAGCGUUAAACAACAAACAAACAAACAAAUAAACACUUUAUCGGUCCAUUGUUUUCACACACCAGGGGCCAAGAGUUACCCCCCUUGAACCACCUGACUUGAUUGGUUUGCUUUACAUGUGUGCACACUGAGAUGAUGUUGUGUGGCAAGUUUUUCUUGUUUUAUUAGUUAUUUCUCUCAUAUUUAUUUUCAUCCUCUGUUGAACUAGCAGAGCAACCGACUUGGUGAUGUUCGACUGAUGCUGAGUUACUGCUUCUCUGAGAGUAUUUAUUUAGUUUGUUAAUUUUAGCCAAAGAUGGUCUUACCAGGUUGAAGUGAUCGCUUUACGAUCUGAUCAUCAUCAUAAUCAUAAUCAUGAUUACUCAAUAAUUAUUCAGAAGAUGCCACAUGAUUGGAACACUUGUGCUCACCCGUGCAGGAGCUUUCUUCUGCAGAAACCGUCCAUCGUCCAUCGUGAUUGUUCAGAAGCAUUUUAUAUUAUAUUUUACAUAUCAUCCUUUAGAUGUUUGACAUGUCUUAUAUUUAGAUAUUGUUGUUUUUCUAGAAAUCCGUCCAUUGUUUUGUCACUUUUGUGUUAUUUUUGUGCUGUUCAGCAAAAGUAUUAAGUUUAGGUGGAGUUGCCUCCCCUGCCUGUAACUAGGUUUGAGCUGUAGUCAUCCACAGCUUUACACUCUGGUCACCAAGGCAACGCAUCUAUUUGUAUGACAGGCGUAUUGUACUUGUCUCUUCAGUUGCCAAGAAGAGUAUUUACUUAGCAAGCAAUAGUUCUUAGCACACAGUGUUAAACCUUCAAUAGCACUAAUGUAGCAAGUUGUUGAACUGCCAAUGGGCCAUUAAAAGGAAUUGGGUCUUGUGGUACAGACCCCACAUUCUACUGUCUACAUAACUACACAGAUGACAGAUCAAAUAUGUGAUAUCUCCGAGUACAGUGGACUUUCCUUAUCUCAUCCUAAACGUCACCCUUAAUCUGUUGGGGGAAUGGGUGGCCCAGUCAUCUAAGGCGCCUCAAUUUGCUGUGCAGAGUUGCGUCCCUUGGGCACCCCAGAAACCUACAAUUGUUGGUUCGAAUCCAGGUUCGCCCCAAUUAUGUUUCUAGGUUUGUCAGCACUAUACCCGUGCUCGU